AUGGGGCAAUCCCAUACCGGUGCUCAUAUCUACUUUACUGUUGCCUUUAAACCACCUGCAACUAUCGGUCUGCCUCAAAACACAGUUACCUACGAUGAGAUUGAAGGUGUUUUGGGGGCCAAUGGGAGACAUGAUCUAUGCGUUGUUGGACGCGCCAUUCCUAUCGUGGAGGCUAUGAGCAGUCUUGUUCUGAUGGACGCUCUGAUGGCUCAAAAGGCUAGAGUAGGAGUGCGGGACGAUUUGGUGUUGGAUAGGGCGACCGCUGCGAAGUAG